AAAAACACAACGUCCAGCCCACGUGAUUUUACAGCUGGGGCUGUUUUAGUUUUACGAUUUCCCUUGGGGGAUUUAAUGAUCGUGGCAGAAAGAAUAGGUAACCUAUUUCAUAUUUCAUUUCUCCAGAGCGGCAGCUAUGGAAAGUCAGGUCACGGGGAUCAGUGGCGGCGGGUCAAUCUCUACCACCUUCUUGCAUCAGAUUCAGGGGGUAUAAAGUCCACCUGAGCUGCAUCACUUUGGAUACUCACCUGGCACCAAACCACAUACACCCAAAACACCCACCCAUCUAACUACAUACCCACUUUCCGGCCAAAUUUUGAAAUCAUGCCCGGUCUCGAGUGCCAGCGAUCUUCCAAAGAUGCCCAGGUGUGUUGUUUUUCCCUGGGUGAAACCGAAAGCGGUCCUCCCUGCCCUUCUAGUGCCCAUUGCCCGUCUCCGAGGAUAGCACAGGUUGGAUUGAUGAUUAACGGAGGUUUGACAAUUGCAACAUGCCAGGGGUGUGGAAGGCUUUUCCCCCUGUGGCUGGCAUGGUGGAGGCACCUCAACAGUCCCAAGUGGCUAGGAAUUUCAGGUAAAGUGGCAUCGUACUCAAAGUCUGCUGUGCCCGUGAGCCGUUGAGGCUGGGUGUCGCACCAAGGACUCUGUGGCUGGACGGAGACCACUUGCCAAUGGAAAGGGGUGCUGUCUCCAUCACUGCCUUUUAACCACCGCCAGGAUGGAGAAGCCAGCCCUGAGCCACGAGAGCCAGCCCCUCACGUCUUCUCCGAAGGAGUCCUCGGACUGCACUGAAGAGGGGGACUGCGCGGGUAAUGGACACCUAGGCAAGGAUACCCAGAGGGCACUCCCGCUGGCAGAGGGGACAGACAAAGCCCACGUCGGCCAAGGGAACAAAGGGGCAGCGAGCCCCAUCUCCAAUGGGUUUUCAGGGGCUCAGAGCCCAAGCUCCUUCAACAUGGCUGGAGGCAACGAGGGGACCCCUUUGGCCACCCCAGUGGCCAUGACCAUCUUGACCACCAACAGCAACACCACCACCUCCAUCCUGUGCGUGGCGGACGCUCAGCAGCAGCUGGUGGAGGUGGGCGAAAGGGAGACCUGGAGCAAGAAAGUGGACUUUCUCCUCUCCGUCAUCGGCUACGCCGUGGACCUGGGCAACGUCUGGCGCUUCCCUUACAUCUGUUACCAAAAUGGAGGAGGGGCUUUCCUCCUCCCAUACACGAUCAUGGCCAUUUUCGGAGGCAUCCCACUCUUCUACAUGGAGCUGGCAUUGGGGCAGUAUCACCAGAACGGAUGCAUCUCAAUAUGGAGGAAAAUCUGUCCCAUUUUCAAAGGAAUCGGCUAUGCCAUCUGCAUCAUCGCCGUCUACGUGGCCUCAUACUACAACACCAUCAUGGCCUGGGCCUUGUACUACCUCAUCUCCUCCUUCACGGACGAGCUGCCCUGGACCAGCUGCACCAACCCUUGGAACACCAACAACUGCACCAACUAUUUCUCCAACCGGAGCAUCGCCUGGACCGCCAGCUCCAUCUCCCCGGCAGAAGAAUUUUAUACCCGGCACGUUCUUCAAGUGCACCGAGCCAAAGGGUUGGACAAUCUGGGCGGCAUCAGCUGGCAGCUCACCCUCUGCUUGCUCUUCAUCUUCACCAUUGUGUAUUUCAGCAUCUGGAAAGGGGUCAAAACAUCUGGAAAGGUUGUGUGGGUGACCGCCACGUUCCCUUACAUCAUCCUUUUCAUCCUCCUAAUACGAGGCGCAACCUUGCCCGGAGCCUGGAGGGGGGUACUCUACUACCUGAAGCCUGACUGGCAGAAACUUCUUGCCACAGAGGUGUGGGUGGAUGCCGCUGCUCAGAUUUUCUUCUCCCUCGGUCCUGGCUUUGGGGUGCUCCUUGCCUUUGCGAGCUACAACAAGUUUCACAACAACUGCUACCAGGACGCUCUGGUCACCAGCGCCGUCAACUGCAUGACAAGUUUCAUCUCCGGCUUUGUCAUCUUCACCGUCCUCGGAUACAUGGCUGAGAUGAGGAACGAAGAAGUCUCAGAAGUUGCCAAAGAUACCGGACCCAGCCUCCUCUUCAUCACGUACGCAGAGGCCAUUGCAAACAUGCCAGCCUCCACUUUCUUUGCCAUUAUUUUCUUCCUGAUGCUGAUCACUCUGGGGCUGGACAGUACGUUUGCAGGCCUGGAGGGGGUGAUCACUGCCAUCGUGGACGAAUUCCCACACGUCUGGAGCAAGCGCCGGGAACUGCUGGUCCUGGGUUUCAUUAUGCUCUGCUUCAUGGGCGCACUCUCCACGCUGACAUUUGGUGGUGCAUACGUGGUGAAGCUGUUUGAGGAGUACGCCACGGGCCCAGCGCUGAUAGCUGUCGUGUUUCUGGAAUCCAUCGCGGUGUCUUGGUUCUACGGUGUGGCCCAGUUUUCCAGGGACGUGAAAGAGAUGCUCGGAUUCAGCCCUGGGUGGUACUGGAGAAUCUGCUGGGUUGCCAUCAGCCCAAUUUUCCUCCUGUUUAUCAUCUGCAGCUUCAUGUCCAGUGCGCCAGAGCUUCGCCUCUUCGAUUACGUUUAUCCCUUCUGGACCAUGGUGUUGGGUUACUGCAUCGGGAUAUCAUCUUUUAUCUGCGUCCCUGCCUACAUGGUUUAUCGGUUGGCAACUACGCCGGGAACAGUUAAAGAGCGUAUUCUGAAAAGCAUCACGCCAGAAACAGCCACGGAGAUUCCCUUUGGCGACAUCCGUAUGAACGCUGUUUAAGUAGCCAUUUUGAUUUCGGUGGAUGUGGGGAGAGGCGGGGGAAGGAGGCGGCGGUGCUGGCUCCUCCACUCUCAUUGCUUUUUAAUCCAAAGAACUGAGCGUUUCCAACCAGAAGCGUGUUCGUUGUGAUGGGAGGCAGAAAUGUGCCGGCCAAGGUUUUAGGCCUCCACAGAUUUCCACAAGAAGGGCAACGCUCCUAGGCACCAGAGACUCUUUUUUGAGUUCGUAUUACUGCACUGGUUUUGUUUUCGGAAGCAUGAAGACGUUAAGACGCGCGAGUGCAAACUAGUACUCGGAACUAUAUACCAUGGGCCAGGGGCCACCUGAAUCCACGCAUGGUUUAUUCAGGCCUUAUUCAGGCAACUGCUGCAAGUUAGAAUUGUAUUUAAACCCAUCUCUCUGUGCCAACUUAUCUGUUUUAAUCCUCUCGCCGUGUGACCCUCUGUAACAGAACCCUGUUGUAUUUUGCUUCUAAAGAUCUCCCAAUAUUCAACUAAGCUGAAGUAACGCAGGAACAACCUAACCAGUCUUGCUAGCUGUGCCUCAUCCAAGUAAUAGGAAGUUUUGCUGCUUUGAAGGGCCAACUUGAAUCUUGCAAGAGCAAAGAUGCCAAAAAUGCUCAGACCGUAAGGGUUGGAUGUACUUGAUCUUAAGGUUCACACACUGCGAUGCCAUUUGAGGUUGCUAAAGGCGGGAAGGAAAUUUGAAUCUUUGGGUAUCCCAGUUGUCGCUAGAAAACUAGCUUGUGAGAAAAGGGAAAACACACCUCCUCUCUUGGACAUGUCAUCUUUGGCUAGGAUUUUUCUUUAUCUAUCAGACUCUGUCCAUAGUCCACAGUUGUAAAUCUAGCCGAGCUGCCCCACAUAAUCUUGCAUGUACAUCACCUUUAAGAGUGGGCUCAAAUCUAGUUCAGAUGGUGAAGCCACCAAGUGGGGAAACAUGUGGCUGGUAUAGGGGCAAAAUGCCUCUUGACCACCACCUUCCUCACUCCAAGUUGCAAGAAGUUUCAGGAGCCAAGCAACUUGAAGUCUCCCCUGAUGUAGCUUCUUUCUCUCAGCCGCUCUGCUGCCCACAGCUCCAAACACUGCAUACAUUCAGCACAACAGUUCCUUUCCUGCCCACGGUAUGUAGGCAUUUCCCUUGCGCUUUCAACAUCGGGGCCACACCGGCAUGGCGUUUCUUCCAGCGGCCUGAAGCAUUCAUGGAACAUAUCUCCCACAUGGCAGUGUUAGCCACACCCCGAGGAAUGAUUCUCAAAGAUGUCUUGAACUGAUGCUUUUAUGUCGGGUGGGUUGUUGUGCAUGCUUCUUUUUCCUUCUUCCCCGUUAACUUAAAUCUUCUGGAAAGAUGCAAAUCGUAACCAUACUCCACUGCCAGUGUGUUUGAGAAGACCCAGAUGAAGGACCAGUCAGGCUGCUGUGUUGUCCCAGUUGAAUAUACUGGUGCCAGCAGACUGGUUUGCAAAGGGGUAGGAGUGUCACCUCUUGCCACUGCGUUGAAGACGGAAACAGCGGAAAACUCACAUACGUUUCUGUUUAUUAAGUGCUUUUCCCAUCCAUGGUACCAUGUUGAACACGCAGGCUGCCUACCUCUUAGUAAGUUGGGAAAGUGACUACUGGAGGAUCAAGUACUUCUGUUCCUGUGCUAAUCUAUCACUGGCAGGUUUGUGUGUUCACUGCGACAGUUUCUUAAUGGAUGAUCCGGGAGUGAUAACCCGGAUGUACAGUGUGCCCGCCACAAGGAUAGCAGUGCCACAGCUCCGUUGUGCUUUUUAUAAGCUUUACAUUUUGACAGCUUGUGGGAGCCAUUAGGGCACCGCGUGUGCGCAUACAUGCAUGUCUCUACUCCUGCUGAGAAACAAGUUAUGUAACUACCCAGCCAACUGGGCCACACGAAACCUACCUAGUGCAUAAAAUGCUCAGAUUAGAAUUUAUUAGGCCCUUUGCCAGACGCCGCUGUUCUAAACACACUUAUCCACAGAGCCGUACGCGUGCCAAAGAAAACAGGAGUUAAACCAUUUCUGCCCUAGGAGCACGGCCCUCCGAGAAUUUUUCCUGUCCAGGCCCCACCAAAGUUAACUGAGGCCUUUGCAAAGGGUUAGUUUGAGAACUUAGCAGGGCAACUGCUCCGCUUCCUCUCUGAACUGGGACCAUGGUUAUCUUGUUUGUUUGUUUGUUUUUUGUACAGAGAAAUUAAAACUGGAGUUUUAUUUUACAAAACUGAAAUAUCCCUCUCUAAUGUAUACAAGAGGCACCUAUAUUAAAUUUAUGUUGCUGCUUCUGCUAUGGAAUGUCCCAAGCUGGGUUGUAAGUGGUCAGUAUGUGCCUUGCGACGUAAGCUAUUGUUGUAAUUAAAUUUAAUAUCGUAAUAAAAGAGCAGCUGUAUCCCC